UAGGAACACCUUUUUAAGUUGGACUCUUCCUCUCUCUCCCACCAUAUGUGUUCUUCUUUCAGAGAAAGAAAAAAACAGAGUAAAGCUUUUGAAUAGCAGAGCUUAAUAAGAGCGCCUUUUUUUGUCCGCUAAGUUCAGACGCAGAGGCGAACGAUCGGAGAGAUGGGAGAUGUGGUAAUAUUCAUCGAAGAUACAGAUAUGAAUUCGAGUUUCUCUCGCUGCAGAAUUUGUCACGAAGAAGAAGAAGCAGAGAGCUACUUUGAAGCUCCUUGUUCUUGCUCAGGCACCGUCAAGUUCGCUCACAGAGAUUGCAUACAACGAUGGUGCGAUGAGAAAGGAAACACGAUUUGUGAAAUAUGUCUCCAGGAUUAUAAACCUGGAUACACCACAACUUCAAGACCAUCUCGUUUAGUUGAAGCAACAGCCACGACCAGGACGAGGAGACAAUAUGGAGGAAGAAGAAAUAGAAGAUUAGUGGACAGAACUGAAUCAGAAUUUCCAGAAUGCAACUCUGAAGCUAACAGAGGCGAUUCUUGUUGUAGAUACUUGGCUCUCAUUCUAUCGGUGGUUUUGUUGAUAAAGAAUGCGUUUGAUGUGGUUUACGGAACCGACGAGUAUCCCUUCACGAUUUUCACGGUUUGGUGCAGAAGAUGUUUUAACCAUCUAGGCGUUUUGCAUGUUCAAGCUAUUAACACUGAAGGCCAUUGGUAUACUAUUGCCAAUGCUCGUAAUCAUUCAGACUAUCGCAGCUGUUCAGAGCAGUCUCCGACGUCAGUUUAUCGAAUCUGAAGAAGAUACGUUAAGCUCUGAAGAUGAUGAUGGCUUGGAGGAGGAAGAGCAACAGCAACAUUUGGCUUGAUCUUUUUUCUCUCUCGUCAUCAUCAUGUUAUGACCCAACACAUAUACAAAUAGGAAUCUGUAACCACUAUAAACUGUUAAAUAAUAUUCAUAAAGAUCUUUAAGCUA